AUGGCACCCUCCUCCUCACCACCUGCAGCUCAGAAGGCAAACACUGAGGGUGCUUCAGGGCCCACAGAGAAGGCUCACUGUGGCUCCCAGGGACCAUCAGCACGUGGCAAGCCCAAUGCAGUUCACUCCUGGGCUCUCAAUGAAGAUAUGCUGACAAUAAGUGAUGUGACCAAGCUGUGCUUUACCAAGAAGCUCCAAGCUCACACCCAGCCAAAAAGCAGCGGGAGCAGAAAGUUUGUCCAUCGCAGCGUGCCGUCGACGUCGUCGCGCGCAGGCGUAGCUCCCGGCUCCCGGCAGGGCAGCGUGUUCCCGUUCCCGGCCCCCGGUGUCCCGUCCUGGGCGGGUGAGCGACGCGGGCUCCCCCGGCCCCGGCCGCCCCCCCCCCCCGUACCGGGUUCCUCUGUCUCGCGCCGCAGGCAGCCCGCCGGCUCCGGGCGCCCCCGCGGCGGAGCGACGGCGGAGCGCGGGGACCUCGACCUGGCCGGCGCCAAGCAGAACACCGGCGUGUGGCUAUUAAAAGUUCCUAAAUAUUUGUCACAGCAGUGGGCUAAGGCCCCUGGGAGAGGUGAAGUUGGUAAACUGUGGAUUGCCAAGAAUCAAGGAAGGACUGAGGUGUCAUUUACCUUGAAUGAGGAUCUUGCAAACAUUCACAAUAUUGGUGGCAAAUCAGCUUCAGUCCGCGCUCCUAGAGAACAUCCAUUUGUCUUGCAGAGGGUUGGAGGACAGACAUUAACAGUGUUUACUGAGAGCUCCUCAGACAAACUCUCAUUGGAAGGAAUUGUGGUACCAAGAGCUGAAUGCAGACCUGCUGCCAGUGAAAAUUACAUGAGAUUAAAGAGAUUGCAAAUAAAAGAAUCAUCCAAACCUGUAAGACUGUCAAAACAAUUGGACAAGAUUGUAACGACCAAUUAUAAGCCAUUUGCUAACCAUCAAUACAAUAUUGAAUAUGAAAGGAAAAAGAAAGAAGAUGGAAAGCGAGCUCGGGCAGACAAGCAACAUGUUCUAGAUAUGCUCUUUUCAGCCUUUGAGAAACAUCAGUAUUAUAAUCUGAAGGACUUGGUGGACAUCACAAAAUAGCCUGUGGGUUACCUGAAAGAAAUCUUGAAAGAAACUGGCAUUCAGAAUGUGAAAGGGCUCCACAAGAACACCUGGGAGCUGAAGCCAGAGUACAGGCAUUAUCAAGGGGAAGAGAAGAGUGACUGA